ACAAGCGCAGGCGCGAUUAACAAGUGGUUGUAAACAAAGUAGUCACCUGUUGCCACGAUAGCAACAAGGUGCCUAAGUAUGUAUGUAAGUCUGGAAUGCAACAGAUAAUUGCAUGACUUCCGGCUGUAAAAGUUUUUCCUCUUUUCCAUUUCCACCUGGGAUUGGACAAGGCCUAGGUCGCGAAAUGUGUCUCGUGCUUUGGGUGAUGGUUCACUGAACUCCAGACCCCAAAAACCGCACCACAUUUAUGCAAGCAGUCAGCCAAGCCUGAAAAUCAAUAUGCUUAUAAGCGGAAGCCAGAGUCGCUGGCUCCAACCAGUUGAUUGGCGACCAUGUGGCAGUUGGCAUUGGGACUGGGUCUAAUCCAGCAGCUGAGUCUAGCCAUCGUGGUGGAGCGCAACAUGUUCGCCUACUACAAGGUUCCAGCUGCUCAGCUACUUUUCGCCCAAGACUCGGAUGCGGACAUCGACUCCCACUCCCAAGAAAUCAGCACUCUGGAUGGAGGCCAGCUCGGCGACUUGUACUACGUACUACAGUGUCCACCAAAGCUAGAUGAAGGCAUUCCCAAGGCGCGCGACAUGCAGACCUGCAGCGUGGUGGACCAGUACAGAGGCAUGUGGAAAAAACCCAAGAAGCCAAAGCCCAAGAAGCACUUUCACAUGGUCCCAUUCCGGAUAGUGCUGCGUCCAUUAGGUCCGCCGGCCAGGAGACGCAGUCUAAAGCGUCGUAAACGCCAGGAAAAAGUUGACAAGACUCCGGAUAUUAUAACUACGGUUGACCGGGCCGCUUCCCUAGCGAAGUUGGAAGAGGUGACCAGUCCCCUUCAGUUCCUGGGACGCACCCAUAAGCGGCAGAAGCUCCUUAAGCUGUCCACCGACCAUCGAAAGUCCAAGCGGGGCACCAGUUCCAAAGCUCUUCAACAUAUGUACCAUCGCGAUGAGUCCUACAACGAUCAUAUAUUCUACGAUGAGCUUCAGGAGGACGGAGAGUUCCACAACCUCGGCAAAGAAAAAUUGAAUUAA